UUUAGGGUAAAAAAAAGAGAGUACUUCUGAAACACAUUUUCUUCAGCCGUUUCAUAGAGACUGCCUUCUUUCCUGGUUUAACAAAACCCACCCACCUGACAAAGUGAAUCCAAUUUCACCAUUACUUUUCCUUAUCGUUCGGCCAGAACAGGGUCCUCUACCCACGACGCUACUUUGGUCUCACCUCCUCUUUCUAUCUCUAGAUGAUACACUGCAUUUCCCCAACCAAAUUUUCUCCGUUUUCAGUUUACUCAUUUUCAUUGUCCGCAACAGGAUCAACACUUUCUCUAUUUUGGGCUUCAUUGUGGAAAUUACCUCACUCUACACGACACAGAAUCCACAAUCCCCAUACCUGCAAAGACUCACGCAGGUCGCUUCACCAUAUUCUCAGGCCAAGCAGAAUCCACACAAUAUCUCGCUAGCGCCACUGCUCGCUUAGCUCCUCUCACUCUUAUCACAAGCAGGGUCUCAUAUUAAUCUAACUUUGCAGCACCUUCCGUCCCUACAGUUCCAUUUCGGCCAACUGAUUCCUCCCUUCUCUCGUUUGAAAUUCAGAAUAACGUGGGCAUUACAAGUCAUUUGUUUGCAAAGGGUGAACGAGAGUCAUUAUAAUGGCAUCUUCAAGCCCGUCGGCCCAUGAAACCUCACUAAAGGAACAGAAUCUCCAAUGAUGGAAUGAACUAAUUUGGAUCACAGAAUCUUAACAGGCCAUUGAAGGAACUAUUAAUGUUGAUAUUGGGGCAUCUCAUCCAUUUGAUGGCCCAAAGAGUGAGAUAAGACCAGUGAACCUAGCAAGUCUAACCAGUUGUUGGGAUAUGCUUUCGAAGUAUUCACAAGUAGCAUUUGAGGCCAAUUAUGGGAAGAUUGCAACUAUUUUAAAGGUCAGAAUUCAUGAUACAGCUUUGAAGGCAGUGAUUUCUCUAUGGAUUCCCAGAUAUAGUCUUGUCCUUUAAUGACAUUGAUACAACCCCUGCCAUAGAGGAAUAUCAGACACUACUCCAAAUUCCUUAUAAAGCUCCAAAUUUGGUCUAUUUGCAUUUGGAUAACAAGAGAACUUGGAAGCAAUUUGCUUAUGUAAUGGAUAUUCCAUCCCAAGCAGUGAAAGAAAGGGAAGCUAAUAGGUGUGAAUCCCAUGGAUGGUCUUGGAAAUAUAUGGAGCAAAUCUUUCAGGAUCACAUGGAGAAAGGAAAGUUCGAAUCAGCAAUGAAGGUCUUAGCUUUGGGUAUUUAUGGAUUAAUUCUGCUUUCAGGACCGCGCGAUAGGUUCAGCCAUACUGUAUUAAAAUUAUUUCACAGCAUGGAAGUUCAUAAAAUAAACCCCAUUCCAGCCAUCCUUGGAAAGACCUUGUUAACGUUAUCUUACUGCCGAACAAAAGGAAAUGGUAGUUUGAAUGGAUGUUGUCAGUUGUUGUAUCUAUGGUUGCUGAGUCACAUUUUGCCGCAAGAGACAAGGACAUUAACUUGGUUUUCUGACCAAUCAAUUAUUGAUAAUAUGGUACAACUAAGCCUGAAGCAAGAAGACCAGGAUGAAAACAAGUGGAUAGAAAGGAUUUUGAGUUUUAACAGCACAAUUUAUUGUCGGAAGAAGUUGUGGCGCUCAAAUGAACCAUGUAUGUUCAAAACUAACAAUUUUCAAUUUAUGCCCUUGAUGGGAGUUACCGGAUGUAGUGGCUACUCAACUGCGUUGGUUAUGCGUCAAUUUGUUUCAACUCAGUUCAUUCCUCAAACGAAAGGGUUUUCUGAAAUGCAUUUUUAUUAUAAGGAAGAGGGAAAGAAAGAUGAGCUAAAAAAGAUACAUCAAUCAUGGGAAAAAGUCAUCCUAAACGGCGAAACUAGAGGGCCCAGCAUAACAGAAGGUUAUCCCAUGCAGAGGAAAAAGAGAGAUAUAGGAUAUGAUGUUCCUAGUUUGAUGGGUCCUGAGAAUAAAACUCCCCGUGAAAACAUUGUUGAAGAUUAUUUUGAGGAAGUCAAAGCCAGACAAGAUGUUUAUUUUCAAAAAUUAGAUCAUGAAAACCAAUAGUUGCAGGAUCAAAUUAAGCAACUAAAGGCAGAAAGAGAUAAAUUAAUACAAGAUUCCCAGCAAGCUAGAAAGAAUGUAAAGAAAGAGGUUUAGAGAUGAAAUGUGGGCAAUCAAAACGGAAUACAAAGAAGGUAAAUGUCAGUGGGAGAGAGGGAAAUCAGUUCUUCAAAGGAAAGUAAAAGAAGCUGGGUUACAGAAUAACAUGUUGUAAGAAGAACUUAAUCAUCAAAUGAUGUUAGUGGACAAAUAUAAACAUGAACUGCAUGAGAAACAGAUUAAAUAUGAUGGACAAUCUCAGUUGAUCGCUGACAGUUUGAAAGAAUGUGCCUAAGAAAAAGCUGAAAAAGAGCAUCACGCCUGACGCCACUAUCUAGAACUAAAGGAGAAUGUAGAUAGAGGAGAGGUUGUAUGAAUAUUUGAAGAAGUGCCAUAGGAUCUUGCAAAGUCUCCCAGAGCCUAGGCCUUAGCUUGCUUUUCUUUAUUUCCAAAUUAUGAGCAACUAAAGUGAUGAUUAUUAAUACAAUGGAAUUUCAAGCUUUUGCUCUAA